AUGAGUUCCGGAAAGCAGGCUUCUCACACUUGUGGACAACAAUCUGCUGAAGAAGACAACUCUAAGAAAGCAAUUCGAAGCAACAUGCAGAGAAGUCAGAUGAGAAGAGCUGCCUCAGGAAAGGAGUCUGCUGUUUCCCUGCCAAAGAGUCUUGAACCAGCCCUUCCAGGAAGAUGGGGGGGUCGCUCUGCUGAGAAGGCCCCUUCUGGUUCUGUGCGGAAGACAAGCAAGAGCAAGCAGAAGACUCCUGGCAAUGGAGAUGGUGGCAGCAGCAGCAAAAUGCCCCAGCCCCCACGGAAGAAAAGGGCACGAGCUGUUGCCACUGUGGAGAGUGAGGAGGCGUUGAAGAAGAGAGUGGAUGUGGAAGUGGAAGUGAAGAUUCCUGAAGAAUUAAAACCAUGGCUGGUGGAGGACUGGGACUUGGUCACUAGGCAGAAGCAGUUGUUCCAACUCCCUGCUAAAGAGAAUGUAGAUGCCAUUCUUGAGGAGUAUGCCAAUUGUGCGAAGUCACACGGAAGGGCUGAUAAUAAGGAGUAUGCAGUUGAUGAAGUUGUGGGGGGGGGGAUAAAAAAGUAUUUCAAUGUGAUGCUGGGCACUCAGCUGCUCUACGAGUUUGAAAGGCCCCAGUAUGCUGAGAUCCUGCUGGCUCACCCUGAUGUGCCAGUGUCACACAUCUAUGGGGCACCACACCUACUGAGAUUAUUUGUGAGAAUCGGCGCAAUGUUGGCCUAUAAGCCCCUUGGUGAGAAGAGGGCAGUGUUGGCCAAUACACCCUUCGAUGAGCAUAGCCUUCCAUUACUGCUGGGCUAUUUGCAUGAUUUCCUUAAGUAUCUGGCAAAGAAUUCUGCUUCGCUGUUUACUGCCAGUGAUUACAAAGUGGCUUCUGCUGAGUAUCACCUCAAAGCCCUGUGA